CCCAACAAACAAUUUUCCAUAUCCAACUCAAAAACUACAAAUCAGCACUAAAACCCAAACCAAGCACAAGUUCAAGCCAUGUCGAAUAUCCAAGCCAUCAACAACGAUCACUUUAACAAGACUGCCAGAGACUAUGACGCAUUCCCUCAGGCCCUCGAGAUGACCAAGCAUGGUUAUGCCGCCAUCCUGGAGGAGUUCAAGGCCGCAACCAGUGAGGAGCACGUCAAGAAUGCCACUGUUCUUGAUUUCGGAUGUGGCAGCGGUCUCUGCGCAUUCAAAGUCGCUGCGGAUGUUAAGCACCUAGUCGGCAUCGAUGCCUCCAUUGGGAUGCUCGAGCAUAUGAACCACAAGCUUCAUACCCAGGAAGAGAACACGGGCAUUCGUGACAAGAUCAAAACCGUCAACCAUCUCAUCUCGAUGGAGCAACCGCUGCCAGAGCCCGAGUACUCUCAAUACUUGAAAGGCGAGGAUGCUGGAUUCGAUCUAGUCUACUCGACUUAUGUUCUCCAUCACAUUGAGGAUGUUCAGGGGGUCAUUGAUGUAUUGAGUAAGACACUCAAGAAGGAUGGCUGGCUGAUCAUUGUCGACUUUGAAAACACUGGAAAGGGCCAUGGACACGGACACGGACACGGACAUGGACAUGGACAUGGACAUGCUCAUGCUCAAACUCAGACACACGGUGAGGGUUGUAAGCGUCGUGAUGGUAACAACGAGGAGAGUGAUAAAACCCAUCAGACCGCACACGAAUUCUUCAAGGGUGAGGGUGGAAAGGCGGUAGACUAUGUUGCUCACAAGGACGGAUUCAAGCCUGAGGAGUUUGAGGAGAUGUACAGGAAGGCAGGCCUGGUUGAUGUUUCGGCCAAGCAUUGUUUUGGCACCCACUUGACUAUGCAUAACAAGUCAGUCUGGGUUGACUUUAUGGUCGUCAAGGGACGUCGUGCUUGAAUGGAAAGUAGUCUAGAGCAUUGACCUGGAAGCAAAAA